AUGGGGUCAGUCGGGAUAGACGACGAUUAUUACAGGAUAUUAGAGGUAGCUGAAACUGCCACUACAGAAAUGAUUACUAAAUCAUACAAACGGCUGGCUCUCCGUCUGCAUCCAGAUAAAAACAAGAAUAUCAAUGCUACAGAAGCGUUUCAACUGGUGUGUAAUUCUCUCAUUCUGGGUGAUUACGCCCAAUCUUCUAUGCAGGAAUCGUUGAUACGUCUUACUCACAUGUCCGGGCUGCCAAAGCUAGUGAAUGCUUAUGAAACCCUCAAAGACAAAGACAAACGGCGAGCUUACGAUCUCACUUACUCACGGGUCAAAAGUACUCCGAAGGGCUACCCAACAUCCACCGGGCAAACGUCUUAUUCUGCAUCCUCUACCGCGAAUCCGAGACAGGAUGAUAUAGCCGAAGAGGCUGCUAAAAUCUCGGCUAUCCACGCAGCUAAAGCACAGCGCGCCGCUAAAUGGUCGAAAACCCAAAAGGCAUACGAAGACGCCAUAUUCGAGCUCCAAAGGGAAAUUCGGAAGCUGCAGAACGCAAUCAAAAUCCUUGAGGAGGUAGAUAAAGCUGAAGAUGCGGAGGAAAGAGCAGCGAAAAGUUGGUCAGCCUGGUUCCUCUCUCCAAUAUAUAAAAAGCGCGUCGAAACCGAAGAAGAAAAGGAAAGUAAGGCCAGGGAACGAGUGCAGAGACUCCAUAAUAAAACUUUUAAAACGAUGGACUUGAAAAAGAAGGAUUCUAAGUUAAAGAAUUAUCAAAGUCUCUUAAAGGCCGAGCAAGAGGUGUUUGAUAACGCAAACAGGAGGGAUGAUGCAACUCUGUUCAUGGCUGAAGAGCGCAUACGCGCGAAGAGAGAGCGGGAGCAACAAGAAAAGGACAGGCAAGAAAGAGAAUCAUGGCAAAGAGCUUGGAGAGAAACAUAUGAGAGGCAGCGGAGGGAAGAGGCGGAGGCAGCGAAGAAAAGACGAGAACAGCAGGAAAAAGAGGAAGCAGAAUUGCGAGAGCGGCAAGCGAAAGAAAAGGCGAGGCAAGAAAGGGAAUUCCAGCAAAGAGCUUGGAGAGAAGCUUAUCAGAGGCAGCGGAGGGAAGAGGCGGAGGCUGCGAAGAAAAGACGAAAACAGCAGGAAAAAGAGGAAGCAGAACUGCGAGAGCGGCAAGCAAAAGAAAAGGCGAGGAAGGAGCAAGAAGAACUUGACAAAUCGCGACGACGUAGGGCACCCACAAGAUGUUUUCAUGAUUGCUGGUGGGAUAAAGUCGAAGGGCGUAUGGCAUGUGAGAAGUGCUCCGUGUCUCGUUAUAGCUACUUGCUCCAGUGCCCAUUGUGUAAGAUGAAAGCGUGCGCAGCUUGCCAGCAACAACUCAGACCACGAAAACGGAACCGUGGAAGAAAUAAAGCCUGA